AAAAGAGAUAAUCAAUUAAUAUUAUUAGUAUUGAUUAUGACUGUGGCAGCCGUGCAAAAACCAUACGUUCAUGAAGGUGGGAUCAAACCAUACUUCCAGCAACAAAUCCAAGAAACUGAACUUAAAAUCCAAACCACUACACAAAAUCUUCGUAGAUUAGAAGCACAACGUAAUAAACUUAACAAUAAAGUUCGUCAAUUAAAAGAUGAAUUGAGAUUACUUCAAGAACCAGGCUCAUAUGUUGGAGAAGUUGUGAAGGUGAUGGGAUUAAAGAAAGUUCUUGUUAAGAUUCAUCCAGAAGGGAAAUAUAUUGUCAACAUUUCCAAAGAUAUAGAUAUUAAGAAACUUACCCCAUCAUUAAGAGUAUGUUUGAAGGCUGAUUCUUAUGAUUUACACAAGAUUUUGCCCAAUAAGGUUGAUCCUUUGGUUUCCUUGAUGAUGGUUGAAAAAGUCCCCGAUUCAACUUAUGAUAUGGUUGGUGGAUUAGAUAAACAAAUCAAAGAAAUCAAAGAAGUGAUUGAAUUACCAGUUAAACAUCCAGAAUUGUUUGAAAGUUUGGGGAUUGCUCAACCAAAGGGGGUUAUCUUGUACGGGCCACCAGGAACUGGUAAGACAUUGUUGGCAAGAUCGGUUGCUCACCAUACUGAAUGUAAAUUUAUUAGAGUUUCUGGAUCAGAAUUAGUUCAAAAAUAUAUUGGUGAAGGGUCUCGUAUGGUUCGUGAAUUGUUUAUUAUGGCCAGAGAACAUGCUCCAUCUAUUAUUUUCAUGGAUGAAAUUGAUUCCAUUGGAUCAUCAAGAGUUGAAGGUUCCUCGGGAGGAGAUUCAGAAGUUCAAAGAACAAUGUUGGAAUUACUUAAUCAAUUGGAUGGAUUUGAAAGUUCUAAAGAUAUUAAGAUCAUCAUGGCCACCAAUAGAUUGGAUAUUUUAGAUCCAGCUCUUUUAAGACCAGGGAGAAUAGACAGAAAGAUUGAAUUCCCAGCACCAACAGUUACAGCCCGUACUGAUAUUUUAAAGAUUCAUUCUAGAUCCAUGAAUUUGACUAGAGGUAUCAAUUUAAGAAAAAUUGCUGAAAAAAUGAAUGGAUGUUCAGGUGCUGAUGUCAAGGGUGUUUGUACUGAAGCAGGGAUGUAUGCAUUAAGAGAAAGGAGAAUACAUAUUACUCAAGAAGAUUUUGAAUUGGCAGUUGCUAAGGUUAUGAAUAAGAAUGAUGAAGGUGCAGUUUCUUUAGCUAAAUUGUUCAAAUAGAGAAAUAUACGAAAGAUGAAAACAAGGAAAUUUAAAUGUAGUAAGUGUUAAUAAACUAGAUUCAAUAUUCAAUGAGGUGGCGUCGGUGUAGAAGGAAAUU